AUGCAGCAUGUGUUGAUGGUCCUCAGGUAUCUUCAGAGUCAACGAGAGGAAGCGCUGUCACUUUUAAACCAAUCAGAGGAGACCAUCAGGGAGCGUCAUGGGGAUGAGAGUGAGAGGCGGCUGAUUGUGACGUAUGGAGACAUGGCCUGGCUGAAAUAUCAUGCUGGAGACUUUGCACAGUCACAAAGCUACUGUCAGAAAGUCGAGGACAUGCUGGUGAAGUAUCCCACUGGUUCAUCAGCAAGUCUCCUUCCAGAGGUCUACGGAGAACAAGCCUGGACCUACCUCAAGUUGUCAAAAUCUUACUACUUACAAGCCGUUGACAGUUUUCGUAAAGCACUUGAGACACAGACUGAUGACAUUGAGUGGAACGCCGGCUACGCCAUCGCCCUCUUUCGCACAGAAGAGUGGGUUUUAGAAAAUUUACAGGAAACUGAGGAGCCUCCAUCCAUCAAACAGCUUCACUUUGCCCUGGAGCUCAACCCCGAUGAUGCUGUUCUGCAGUCCAUGCUGGCCGUGAAGCUCGGAGCCUAUAAGAAAUAUGAAGAAGCUGAGGGUCUGCUGAAGAAAGCACUGAAAACUGAUCCUGAUAACCCUCAUGUCAGCCGCUACGUAGGAAAAUACUUUCGUAAUCAUCAUCAGCGCUUUGGUGACUUUCAUUACCAUCACAAAAGAAAUGAAGCUCAAGCCAUCGUUCACUACACCAAGGGUCUCCUGAUACCACUGAAGAAAUAUGAGAAGAAAAUCUGUGCUAAGAAACUCAAGAAGAUCGCUGAGAGACGUCUGUCAAGGAAUCCGGGUGAUGGCGAAGCUCUUGCUCUGCUGGGUCAGGUGGCCAGAGCUGAGGGCAACAGGAAGGAAGCUGCUGAGUUUUAUGAGAAAGCUCUGAACUGUGACAAGGACAAUGAAGAGUACCUGUCUGCUCUGUGCGAGCUGCGCCUGGAGCUGCAGGGAUCAUCCUCUGAUUAAUCAUGAUCAAUGCACCGCUGUUACAUCAUACUUCAGCCCGCUGAAUGUGGACUUGAUCCAUGUGCUUUCAGAACUGCACAACCUUAACAAAUGGGCCCUUCAUACCUUUCUGUUAGGUAUUAAAUUAUAAACCAUGAA